GGGAACCGUUGCAUACGGCUGGGUCGCGCAAGCAAGCCAGCCUUGAGUAAUCUGUGCGGAGAGUGCGGACUUGUGCGCGCGGCAAAUUCGAGGACCGAGCGCAUCGUCGGGGUGCGCGCCCGGCGAGGGCAGUGUGUGGAGUGGUCACUGGCCAGCGCCCCCCGGGUCACGACGGCUUCUCCGCUGCGGAAAAGCUUUGACUUUGAGCACUGCGUGCAACUUUCGCCAUGUUACGCGUCGUCCGGCAUGGACUCGCCCCAUCUGUAUGAGUCGGCGAGCAGCGAGGAUCUGAAGCAUCCGUCUCGACAGCAGCCGUCGCUGGUGCUGAACGCUGCGCUGGGCGCGCGGUCACAACUGGGCGCCUUUGACUUGGGCUCGGACGGCUGCGUGCCGGACCUGGCCGAGCUGAACACACCCGAAUUGUCGUUCGAUCUGCAAGGCUUUAUUGCGGACUCUUCCUCUUCGGCGCACUCGUCCAGCAGCCUCGAAGAGACUCUGUUCACGGAUCUGCUGACAGAGCAGCAGAAGCGUUACGGUGGCCAGGCUUUUUCCAUGCCCCACCAGGGUGGGUCCCUGAACGAGCACCGGUACGGCGCUGAGGCGGGGCUCGGCAUCAAGCAAGAACCGCUGGAUCAGGCCGAGUACUCGAGCUGCCGCGAGCAGCCCUACGGCCGCGGCCUGCUCGCUUUUCCGGGCCUGCAUGGCGGGGCCCCCGCGGCCGCGCCUACGCUCAGGCCGGUGGCUGUCUUCUCUUCGGGACAGCCGCAUGGCCUGGCCCCGCCCCAGGGACCCCUGGGCUUGCCACCACCGCCUCCGCCACCUCAAGGAGCUCAGCUGCACAGGCUCGGCGGAGGUCCUCCGACACACCACAACGGCGUGGCCGCCGCUGCUGGACUGCGGCCCUUGGGCGCACCCCCUGCCAAGCCGCAGCCGCACCGCAGUUCUGCCGGCAAGAAGCUGCUCGACAAGGGCUCCGACGAGUACCGCCGCCGCCGCGAGCGCAACAACAUCGCCGUGCGCAAGUCCCGCGAGAAGGCCAAGCAGCGCUCCCGGGACACCGAGCGCAAAGUGUCCGAGCUGAACCGCGAGAACGACUCGCUGCGCAAGAAGGUCGAGCUGCUCACCAAGGAGUUGGCCGUGCUCAAGUCGCUGCUCACCAACGUGGGCGUGCCACCGGAGAACGUCGACUCCGAGAUCGCGCGCUCGCUUCAGGGCUACUAGGCGGCGCCCACGGGCCGCCCCGUGUCUAGUCAGCUGUACAAAGGGGCCCCCGGGCCUGGACUCGCCGGCGCCGGCUCGCGGCGGACCCCCAGUGCGUACCCACCCCUCCCCUUCAUUCAGACUGCCGCCCCCUCCGUCUUGCGUUGAGUACUGUUGCACCGUUUAUUUUUUUAAGAAAAACAAUAUCAAUAUUAAAGUCCAUUUUCCGUUCAUCGAAGCGCUGGCCCUGGUGUGUGUGUCUCUCGCCCGCCGCUCGGAGCCCCGGCCUCAGGGCAGACGAGCGGCGGCGCUGUGCCCUAGACACGACGCCUGCUGGCGUGCGCCAGCUGCUUGUCGCGGUGGCAGGCUCUCCUCGCGCCUGCCACCGCGCCUCGAUGAUCGCUCCAUUGGCUCGACACCAGCAAGGCGUCUGUAUACACUGUACCUUUUGCUGUGAUACUUGACCGUAAUUUGCUCAUUUGGCCUAUCGUAGAAAUGGUUUGCUGCUUCCUGUUGAAUGUGACACAGCUUUCCAUGACAGAGCGCAGGUGCCUAACUUUGUCACAACCCGUUGGCAGAGUGCGAAAGAGCUGCUGCAGGUAAGUGCGCCGCUGCUGCGCAGGCGGUAGCUGUCCAAUGUGAAGGCCGGCGCUUAUCAUGCGCCUCGCUGGGUCAGCGUGACGCAAGGCGCUCACUACUGACGGAAUUUCCGUACGGCGCGCGCGUUGCCUAGGCGACAGCGUCCCGUGCGCUGCCAGGGGCAACAAUGCAGCUGUGUCUUUUGGUCAGGCCUUACGCAAUACGGAGGAUACACUGUUUCAGCACUUGUCAAAGUUGCGGCCGCAACUUUGGCGCGCUGCGUUCUUCGCCAUUCCGCACCCUUUCCAGAUCGAUAUACGCUCGUGCGGUUUCGCGACUGGCCGCGGGCCGGCGUCACGGGCGCGUCCCGCUGCUUGCCCACUCUUCUUCACUGGCUGAACGUAGCUCUUUUCAAACGAUUACUCUGUCUGCUCGCGUUCCACGCAUUAAUACAAAGAAAAACUACGCAUAGAUCGGGGAUAGACAGGUGGACAUGCAGUGUCCAGCACUUGCGAUUGCUUCAGGUUUAGUAUUCUUGUGCGUGUUUUGUUGGACAUUUAGUAUUUUAUUUUCUAUAGUUUUUGCUGUGUUGAGUUUGACACAACUCGUCAGCGAUUAGCACUGUUAAUGGUGAAAAAUAUCACUUCGAGCUUUGUUACAUGAAAUGUUUGCACAUUGCAGCCCCACUGUAAACACAGAUCUAUAUUUAUUGAGCACCUAGUGCUGCGAAAGGCAGCCUGGAAGUUCGUGGUGCAGUACCUU